AUGCCUAUUCAUACGAUUCAAAACCAAGAUCAAUUUACCAACUUAACGACAGCGGAAGCUGGUGACAGACUUAUUGCCAUCUAUUUCCACACUUCUUGGGCAGAGCCAUGCAAAGCUAUGAAUGAAGUGGUCAAAGCUCUUAGUGACGAACCUUCCAACAAAGACGUUUUGUUCUUGUCGGUGGAUGCUGAUGAACAAUCAGACAUAUCAGAAUUAUUUGAAGUUUCAGCGGUUCCAUACUUCAUUCUAGUCCGUAGUGGAACUAUUCUCAAGGAACUAUCCGGUGCUGAUCCCAAGGAAUUCGUUAAGGCUUUGGACGAGACAAAAACUCAAGGGAAUGCUAAGCAAGCGGUUGCUGAAAAUGCUGAAUCUGAAGAAGAUGAAGAAACUGAAGAGGAGCUAAAUGCCAGACUCACUAAGCUAACACAAGCAGCUCCUGUGAUGCUUUUCAUGAAAGGUAGUCCAUCCGAACCUAAAUGUGGAUUUUCUAGACAGAUGGUGGGUAUUCUAAGGGAGCACCAGGUAAGAUUUGGAUUUUUCGAUAUCUUGAAAGAUACUUCAGUUAGAGAAGGUCUCAAGAAAUUUUCAGAUUGGCCCACUUUCCCACAAUUGUAUGUUGGCGGUGAAUUCCAAGGUGGUUUAGAUAUUAUAAAAGAAUCGCUAGAGGAAGAUCCUGAAUUUUUCCAACAUAAUUUACGAUCUGCUUAA